GCGAGAAAAUAUGUUAAUAUGAAGAGCAAUGUAGAGAGUUUUUUUUUCAAAUAUACUGAACAUUGUAUUUGUACACGAUCGAGACAAUGCGACGAUGAAAGAAAAGGAAAGAUCGCCGUUUCGCCGCUGAACGUUGUGCAACAUUCACUCGACGGACAAGAGAGCGUGUAUUGGCGUGACUGCAAAAACAAACAUAUGUACGAUUACCACGUUACAAAAAUAAGUAUUUCAGAAAUGGACAGAGACGCGUGCGCGUCAGGCUCGGUCAUUCGCGCGAGCCCUGUUCUCGCACCAGCGCGUUAAUGCCAACAAACCUGAAAUCUGAGCGGAAAAAAGAAGACGAAGUAACGGAAGGAGAAGGAAGCUGUGUUUCAAUCUGAUUGAAUCAAAGUUCCUAAAUUCGCUUUUCGACAACCGAUCGCUCACAAUGAACUCGCUCGGAAGGAACUGAAUUGAAGAUACAUAUAUAACACUGUGCGUGGCGGUGUUGCGUUAAACAGAAGCGACUUUAAGCAAAGCCUAUAUAAGAGUAGGCCCUCGCAGCGAUAAUUGAGAGAGCACUUGCACGUUGCAAUUCAAACAGUCGGCGCAGAGCUCGAGAUCUGUGCGAGAGGAGUCUGACGUAGCAGUAGCAGCGAUGGCUUGGCUGAAGAUUCUGUGUUGCUACAUUUUGUGCGCCGUGAUGAUUGUCAGCGGAGAAUACAAGGACGAUACCGAGUACGACUUCGACUUUUACGAGGACUUGUCGGAGGACCGCGUUGGCAACUUCCACAAGAGACGCGUCGAUGCGGUGGCGGACGACUUUUACGAGGAAACGGAGCGCCAACGCGGCGCGUAUCCCGAGUCGCAGGAUCACCGUCUCACCGCCUUUGGCAACAACGUCGAUUCCUUCGAGAGAAAUCUGUUCGCCGAGCACAUCGACUGGUACGAAUUGCCCAGGAAGGUCUACAGAUACACCAAGCACCGGAUCCCCGGCUACGACUACGACGAGUUCGCCUCUGUAGGCUCCCGAGGCUACCAACAGUGCGACGACCGGUCAGUCUGGACGCAUUGCCUCUGCCAAUUCACGUGCAUGGAGCCGGACGUGGUGGAUUGUUACACACCGUGUAGAAGCGGGUGCGAGUGCAAGGAGGACUAUGUCUUCGACGAGAUAAGACAGAAGUGCCUGACACCGGAGCAGUGUUGGACGGAAGCAGAGGAGGAAGGGCGAGAUUUCAAUUACCAAAUCUGAUCGUUCACGGGAUCGUCGCAUUGCCUCUCAACACACGUAUUCUCACACACGUCAAGCUGUCCCCUGCCGGAAACACGAGAAGCGAGCAAUCGCUUCUCGUGUACGCGCCAAGAAAUUCUCGUCGAAAGCAGCGAGAGCUGCUCAGUCGCGAGGGAGCUCUCACCUUACUAUCCAUUAAUUUC